AUGGCUCCCACCGCCGUUGUCGACACCACCCCUGCCUUGGCGACCAUCGCCGACCUCAAGGCCAAGGUCGCGGAGAAGCCCGCCCUCCCCGACAACUACAUGUACGACUUCCAGUACAACGCUGCGCUCCCCACCACGGACGCGCUCGGCACCAAGGUCCCAGACGACACGGAUGCGGUCAAGGUCGCGCAGGACGUCACCGCCUCCCUCUCGGCUGCCCUUGAAGCCGGCGAUGCGGCUGCCUUCACCGCCCUCUUCGUUGAGAAAGGUGUGUGGCGCGACAAGCUCGCCUUCACCUGGGACUACCGUACCUUCAACUUCACCGAGGCGAUCGGUAAGGCUGCCGCCGACCUCCUCCCCUCAACCCGCUCCAACAAUUUUGAGCUCUUCACCCCGCUCCCUUCGAUCCAGCGCCCAUACCCCGACCUCGAGUAUGUCCAGUUCUGCCUCAAGUUUGACACGCCGCUGGUGCACGCCACCGCAAUGGUUAACGCCGUCCUCACAAAGGACGGGUGGAAGCUCUGGACCCUCCACACUGUCGCCGAGGACCUCAUCCAGUUCCCCGAGGUGGCCCCUGCCGACGGUCACAUGACCGGGGACAUCAGCUUCGAGGCCCAGCGCGAGAAGGAGGACGACGAGAUCCGACCCGACGUCGUCAUUGUCGGUGGUGGCCAGAAUGGCCUCGCCCUCGCUGCUCGCCUCAAAGCUCUUGGCAUCUCUGCCCUCAUUGUCGAGCGCGCAGCAACCGUCGGCGAGGUCUGGCGCAAACGCUACGAGUACCUCUCGCUCCACUUCCCCCACUGGGCCGACCACCUCCCAUACUUCCCCUACCCCGAGCACUGGCCCACAUACACGCCCGCCCAGAAACAGGGCAUGUACAUGGAAUGGUACGCGCAGGCGAUGGAGCUGGCAAUCUGGGCCAACUCCUCGGUCGUCGAUGCAAAGCAGGACGCCAGCGGCUGGACCGUCAACAUCAACAAGGGCGGCAUUGAGGUCCGUACCCUCCACCCCAAGCAUGUCGUCAUGGCCACGUCGCUCUGCGGCGUCCCCAUGACCCCCGACGUUCCCGGUCUCGAGGAAUGGAACGGUGUCGCCCGACACUCGACCGCACAUGACUCUUCGCGCAACUGGGUCGGCAAGAAGGUUCUCGUUGUCGGUACCUCGUCUUCGGGCUUUGACACUGCCUACGACUGCGCCCGCCGCGACAUUGACGUCACCAUUCUCCAGCGCUCGCCGACCUAUAUCAUGAGCUUGACCCACUCGGUGCCCCGCGCCAUCGGGAUCUACGAGCCAGUAAACGGUGUUCGCCCCAACCUCGAGGAACAGGACCGUAUCGCCUUCGCGAUGCCCGUCGGUCCUGGUGAGGAGCUUGGCCGCCGCAACGCCGAGGUGCUCGAGAACCUCGACCGUGACCUCCUCGACGGCCUCCACGCCAAGGGUCUUCGUACGUGGCGCGGUCAGCGUGGGACCGGAAACGGCACCCUCGGCCAGACCCGUAACGGAGGCUUCUACUUUGACGCCGGCGCAUGCGACCAGAUCAUCAACGGCAAAAUCAAGGUCGAGCAGGGCCACGUGGAGCGCUUCACUUCCGACAAGGUCAUCCUCUCCGGCGGUCGUGAGCGCGAGUACGACCUCGUCGUCUUCGCCACCGGCUUCUCCUCGACCGUCGACAGCGUCAAGGCUACCCUCGGCGAGGAGAUUGCGUCCCGCUGCGGCCCGAUCUGGGGGAUCGACGAGGAGGGCGAGUUCCGCUCGGCUUACAAACACUCGGGGGUCGACAACCUCUGGAUGAUGGUCGGAUACCUCCCCUACACGCGCUACCACUCGAAGCGCAUGGCUAUCCGCAUCAAGGCCCUUCUCGAGGGUGUCUCGCCUGCGGCUUACACCGCCUAG